AUGACCGACCGGUUCAGUCCCGGAGGCUAUAGGGAUGCCCCUCGAGACGACCGUGAGCGAGGUGGAAGAUUCUCAUCGCCGUCGCGGACGGACCCGCCUCGCAGGAGCAGGCCCGUGAAGCCGAGGACCCAGGCCCCGGUGAGAAAAGGCGGCGGCUUCGUGUUGGUGCCGAAACUGUCGCAGGAUGAGCUGGACAAGAUUGACACUGCAAAAGACGUCUGGGAAGCCAGAUCACUCUACUACGUGCCCCCCAAGAGGUCAAAGGAGCACCAGCAGCCCGUCCCCGUUCCCAAGCCCCCUCGACCCGCAUCGCCACAGAGGAACCGCAACACCGGCAUCGCCUCCGCAAGCGAUAUCAAGGCAGCGAUCCGGGGCGAGUCCCAGGACCCGAAGCCCAGCUCGCCCCCACCUCUCCCCGAGCUCGAGGGCGACGGCGGCUCCAUUGUGGCCUCUUACGCUCGGGACGUCCCGCACGCCCAGGUCGCCCGGUUCUUCCUCUCGCCGCCCGCCAAGUUCCUUUAUUCGGCCUUCCGCCUCAAGCACCACCCGCUCAACACGACAACCCCCGAGAUCUGCGUCGUCGGGGCCAGCAACUGCGGCAAGUCGUCCUUUAUCAACGCACUCACCAACUCCGCCUCGCUCGCCAAGGUCAGCGACCGUGCGGGCAAGACGGUGUCGAUGAACGCGUACGGCGUGGGUACCCUCGCCGGUCUGCCGUUCCGGACACCCGUAGCCGCUGAGGGCGGCGGCGCGACCAAGGAGGUGCAGCCGGAGCACGGCCUUGUGCUCGUCGACACCCCCGGCUACGGGUACGCCUCGCACGAGGAGUGGGGGCGUGAGAUCGUCGAGUACCUCAACAAGCGCACCAUGCUCCGCGGCGUCAUCUUGCUGCUGUCCUCGGAGAAGAAGGUCUCGGAGAAGGACGCGCAGAUUGUCAAGCUUCUCGCCGACGCGGGCCGGCCGGUGAUGCUCGUCUUCACCAAGAUGGACAAAGCGCUGCUGCGCAGGGCUCGUGAGGAAGGCGGCAUCGCGGAGCGGCUGCGCGAGGCGGAGCGGUGCUUCGCGAGAACCGGAUGGGACGGUUGGGUGCGGAGGGUGUACAUCACGGCGGCGAGGAUGGAGCGCAACAAGGCCUGGAAGGUCGACGGGACGGGCAGCGCGGCGGGAAUGGCAGGCGUGCGGAUGGGGGUCCUGGAGCUGGCCGGGAUCAGGGAGUUCGUCGCGCCGGAGAGGGCCAGGGCCUCGUCGCCAAAGACGGGGACGGAGGCCUGUGAGCAGGAGAAGAGGUUGGAACCGGGUAAGGCAUUGGAGAGUGACCCGGCGGCGUGGUCGGGCGAUGUGGUUUCGUUCGAGGAGCUGGAGAAGAAGUUUGGAGAUUGGAGCUCAUGA